GGAGAACAGCAGUCAUGAAAGCCUUUUUAAAAUGUUCCGAAGGCUUUAUUUUCCUGAGAAGAUACACUACCAUUGGAAGGCAUGAAAAUUCAGACAUUGUUUUAAAGUACCCAGAUAUCGACAACCACCAUGCCCUCAUUGAGUUCAAUGAAGAGGAAGGCAUCUUCAUUCUUCAGGAUUUCAACUCCCUCAGUGGGACCUUUGUCAACAACUGCCACAUUCAGAACGUCGCGGUGAAGCUGAAACCAGGAGAUGUCCUGCGGUUUGGAUCUGGGGGACUCACCUAUGAGCUAGUAGUGGAAUGCCUAACCUCACCCCGUUAUUCAUCAUGGCCCAGAACGUUGGAUCCACACCCAAACCCCGGAUUCACCACACAGCUCCCUAUCCUCCAUCAUCGGCCAAUGAGUGCUCACAGAAGCUGGUCCCAAGGACUGAUGGAAGGCACGCAACCUCGUCCCCCUGUGGAAAAGAGGCCAAUUAGUGCUGGAGGAAGAAGGAUGCUGACUGUUCCUUCAGAUCCAAUCAGGAGAUCUCCUGUCAAACAAGUCUGGACAACCGGAGACUCGGUCUGGUCACCUGAUGAGGGUUUUUGUAACCUGGAUCCACACUCUACAAUACCCCAUGAAAAGGGCCGAGUUAUGCACCUGAAUCAGUCCCACCUGGUCAGUAUGUCCCAGCUGGAGCAGCCUCAACUCAUCAAUAUCUCACCCUUGGACCAGUCCCACCACAUCAGUAUCCCACACAUGGAGCAGACUCAGCUGGUCACCAUUGCCAAUGAACUCAACACCCAAGAUGACAUCAUCCAGCACCUGGGACAGGAAGUCAGCCGCCUCUCGGGCUUCGAGAUGGAAGCCAAACACAAAGACGCGGUGAUCGCCAAUCUCCAAAAUGAAGUGGCCACCAUGGCUCAGAGGCUGAUGUUAGCACAGACGGCCCCCGGCCAGAGUGACAUCGAGAUGGGUCAGCGCCUAGAGCUCCUGGAUCAGGACAUUGAUGACAAAAAGUCUGAGAUUCAAUCCUUGAAAGACCAGAUCACCAGCCUCCAAAAAGGAUACAGUGAUACGUUGUGUCAGACCCUCACUGAGAGAAGCAUGGAAAUUGCAAAUCUGAAAGCCGAAGGGGAGAAUUUAAAGAAAGACAAAGCGAUGAGCUCAGAGUUGGUGGCCAGUUUGCAAAAGGACAUCGGAUUAAAGGACAGCAUGGUGCAAAAACUAAGGCAGGAGGUGGACAGACUGAAGAGUGAAAACCAAGAAAAGGAUUAUCAGCUUUCAGCCAUCACUUCCAGGUGUACAAAACUGAAAGAAGACAUGAAGAAAGAUGAGCUGGAAGCCAAAGAGAAUGAACUAAAAUCAUGCAAAUCUCACAUCAAAGACCUGGAGCAGCAAAUGAAAGUCCUGGGGGAGCAGCUCCGAAAGAGUUCCAAUGAGCAAAGCCUUAUCUCCAAGAUGCUGAAAGAAAAGAGCAAGGCCGAAGAGAAACUGCAAGAAGAUUCCAAGAAGAAAUUAAUGCAGCUUCAAGAGAUGGGGUACAGGGAGCGCCUCAUUAAAGACAAUUUGGACAAAGCAGUGUGUCAGCUGGAACAUUUCCGAAGUCAAAUCAUAGAAGCCAUCUACGGUCGAGGGAAAUUGCCCCAGGCCAGGAUCGUCACCAAUCAGCAGCUGGUAGAGACGAUCUCCCAUGUCAUCGAGGACAACUUCAACCUGCAGCAGAAGAAAAUCAUCGCGAAUAAGAACAACUGGUCCGUCAGCCCCAACAAGGAGGACCUCCUGGCCCAAAUGGACAAGCUGAAGACCUUCUUGGAGGACUGUCAGACUUGCUUGAGAUUGUCUUGCUGCAGCAAUGACUUGAGAAAGCGGCUCCUUGACCUUCAGAACCUCCCCGUGGAUGCCUCUGUGGCGUGGCUGCACAAAGCCAUCGUGGAGAUCCUGCAGAUGGUGGCGUGCUGGGUGGAGAAGUUCGAGCAGCUCCUGAUGGACGUGGGCAUCGAGCUGUCCCUCUCUGACAAAGGAUUGUCCUUGUACUUCAGUAAAUUUCUGGAAAAUCAUAAGAAAAUUGCAAACAGGAACCAGGAGCUCCAGGCCAAGCUCAACAACCUCCAGGAGUCUCACUGUUCCCUGCUGCGGAGGAUGAAGGAACAAGCCUUAGAGAAUGAGAGGCAGAUAAAGGAACAAAUCAAACAGCUGCAGGAAAAGCAAGAAGAGGAAAACCGGGUUUGGAAGAACAAUGUGACCCAAGAGAAGAACCAAGCUAAGGCUGCUAUGGAGGAAGAGAAGAAAAAAGUCCAAGAUCUUGAAAACCAUUUAAGGAAACUGAAAGAGGAAGUGGAAUCUAGAUCCCAAGAAGGGGGAGUUUUAAGCUCUCACUUAAAUGAGGCACUGUCCAUGGUGGAAGAAAGCCAGCGGACAAAUACAGAGGACCAAAAAGAAAAAGAAUCCCUCACUCUGAGUUUGAGCAAAGCCCUAGCAGAGCUCAGCGAAGCCAGAAAGAAACAAAUCCUUCUGGGUGAACAACUUUUGGAGCAGCAGGAGGCCCUCAAGAUAAUGGAGGAGGAGAAAAACCUACAGAAAAGAAACCUGGAGAUGGAGAUUAUCCAAUACAAAGAGCAGGUUAAGCAGCAUUCGCAGACCAUCGUGACUCUGGAGGAGAGGUUACAGAAGGUGACACAGCAGAACAAGAACAUCGAACAGAAGCUUGUCAACCUCAAGGAAAAUAUACCAGUUCAAAAGGAAAUCCAGAAAGAUCCUUUGCUAAAGACUCUUGCCACUGGAAAGUCGUAUGACUAUCUAAUGGAAGAAUUCAUGGUUGCCCAGAAACAGCUCAUCUCCCAGCACGAGCUUAUCAUUGCCCUGAAAACAGACCUUUCCAAAGGCCAAGCCAAGAUAUCUACAUUAAAAGCUGAGUUUGAUGAAAAUCUAAAAGCGGAGAUGGGGCAGAAUCUCCUCCUGCUUCAGCAACAGGAGCAUGAGUUGAGCGUGUUGAAGGAGAAGCUGAUUCAGAUGUCCAGCCUGAUGGAGAAGAAGAACAAAGAGAUCGAAACCUUAAAGGCUCACGUAAGGUACGUGCCCACCCCCGUAGAAACCAGAAAGGUCACCAUGUGUGAUGUGGGGAUACAAGCGGAGGGUGCUGAAAAUGACCUGUACAUAUUUAACCAAGAGGCUUCAUCCUUCAUUGAACUAGGGACUAAAUGCAAAGGGCUCCGACAUGAAGAAACCAUUCAGCGCCAGAAAAAGGCCUUGUCUGAACUACGGGAGCAAAUCAAGGAACUGGAAAAGACCCCUGGCCUCAAUGCCGGAGAUGCAGGGAUGGAGCCACUUCCAGAAUCUAAGAAGCCCAAACUUGGGAAAAAUACCAAAAUGAUAGAGAAGGAGCCAAGCUCACCGUGUCUGCCAAACAUCGAUCUCAGAGUAGGAUGCAAACCACUUCACUCUUUGCCUCCAAAUCACCUUUCCAGCCCAUCAGCAGAGAGGUCGGCAAGGCUGGAUUUGACUGAGGCUCUAGACCUCAGUGAGAAGCUGUACAUGGAUAUGAGUAAAACCCUCAGCAGCCUAAUGAACAUCAAGGAUAUGUCAGGACACGUAUCCAUGAAAUACCUUUCUUCCAAGGAGCGAGAAAAGGUCACCCAACUUCGGCUGAGGGACCUAGACCUGGUGUUUGAUAAGAUCAGCCAACUCAAAAACCGGCUGGAGCGGAAAGAGGAGCUUCUGAGAGAAUAUGAGAAAGAUAAUGAGGCCCUCAGGCAGAGUAAAGUGCCCCUGCAGAUGUACCAGGCACAGGUGAGUAAACUAGAAGAUGAAAUCUACAAGGAGGCAGAAGAAAAAGCUCUGCUGAAGGAAGCCCUGGAAAGGACCGAGCAGCAGCUCAACCUGGAGAAGAAGAUGAACCGCUCCAUCAAGCAGCAGAAGGAACGGUUAGAGGAACAGGAGCAGAAGAACUCAAAGGAAAUACCUCCUUUCAUCUGUGUAUCGAAAGAGAGGCAUGAACGGAAGCCGGUAUAUGCUGAAAUGUUGAAGAACAGAGUCACCAAGUCACCUACUAUGGUCAGGGCCAAAAAGAUCACCCUCAAGACAGACCAGGAGGAAGAGCUACAGAACAAGGAGUCGCCACAUAGAGCUGUCCUGGAAAUCAUCUUCCCUAAAACAAGUGAGAGGGAUUAGCAAAAUUGGGCCCCACAACACUUUCUAAAUCACGAGUCCAUUGGACCCUCCUGUGGGCAGAUGCCAAGCUGCUCCAAGAUCUUUGAAGCUCACUUAGAAUUUGCUAGGAAUUGCAUUUUUGCACAAGACCAAGUUUCAGAAUGUGUGGGGAAAAGAAUGAGGGUGUGUGUGUG